AUGGCGCUCGUGCGCUUCUUCACCAAUCUGCUGUCGCUCUUCAUCCCAGAGGCACAGCAGUGUUAUGCCAGGAUGAACGAGGCCGUGUUGAAGCCGACAGAAGAGCAGCUGAUCCAGCAGGCGAGAGAAAUACAUGAGAUGCUGCUCAUCAGCUCCAGUUUCCUGGUGCCGCCGCGGCAGCCGAGGCAGCCCGUCAUUUCCUGGGAAGACCUGAUCGUUGCUGCAGUCCUGGUCCUGCUCUUGGGACUGUACUGGUGGACCAGGAGAAGGAGCCCUGACACAGACGACAGCAGCAGUGAGGGGAGCUCAGGCAGUGACACACACUGCCAGGAGGUAGAAAGCGAAGGAGAAACUGUUGAAGAGAGGCACCACGCUUUGAUUUAUGAGAGGCGCAUCCAGUGGACAGUGCUCAGUCUGUGCUACACCAGCAGCACGGUGCAGGAGCUGCUGGAUGACCUCCUCCGUUUAUUGCAAGGGCGCUUGGCCAACAGUUCCUCCCCGGAGCUGCAGCCAGCCAUCGGCGUGGGCAGCGCCUUCGAAGGCUGGAAUCCUUGCGACAGCGACGUCACAUACCGCAUGCUCGUGCCCCUGAAGGCCCCCCAUGGCUACUCCUUCCACCUGGAGCCAGACUUUGCACAGGAACUGCCGGGAAAGAACUUCUGCGUCCGUGUGUCCCCGGAGUGCACCUGCAGCGCAGAGGAGCCGGCAGGAGACGCGCCGUGCUUCCUCCACUACCCUGAGGAGCCACGGAGGAGGAAUCAGGGUCCCAGUGUCCUCGACACCCUCUGCACUGGCCCUUACCUCGAUGUUCAUAAAACUGCCCUCUGGUUCCAGAACUUGGUGACGUCAGCCUGGGGGGAGCUGCCUCAGUCUCGCCGCUACCAGAUGCAGCUGCAGCUCUCCAGACACUCCUGCAAGCUGAAGCUGUCAAACGCCGCCCGAGCACCUCUCUUUGUUGAGCUGCUUUUUGGCGUGCAGCAAGGUGACUCAGACAUCUUUGUGAGCAGCCAGACUGCAGCAGGUUUCUUCACCCCACGCACGACGUGGCCUGAGACCUGCGCUGUGGCAGAGGCCAAGUUCUUCAGGCACGUGGCCAGGAACGCCCCGCCUGGCAGCUACCACCUCAACUGCCUGCAGCUCUGCGCUCGCAUGGUGCCAGGAACGGGCUUUUCCACCUAUAUCAUCAAGACGGUUGUGAUGCACCUCCUGACCACCACUCCCCUGUCAGACUGGCGCAGGAGGUAUCUGCUGCCGCGCCUGAAGGAAAUCAUGCGGUACCUGCGCCGCAGAGUGGAGGAGAAGCGCCUCAACCACUUCUUCUUUGGCAACCACAACGUGCCCGAGGAGAUCGUCUUGCCUCCUGCCUUCCGAGAGGCCAAACCCAUCAACCUCUUCCAGCACCUGACAGACGAUACGGCUGCCCACGCCGAGGCACUGCGUGACUGUGAGCAGCUGCAAGAUCGGCUCACAGGACGGCUCAUCCGUGAGGAUGAAAGAGGUCUUGAGGCAGAGAGCUGAGGGGAGUGGGAGCCGAUGCAGCUGAAGGGGCCAUUGCCAGGAGCCUGGCAAGAGAGACUCGGCACUGCCCAUUAGCGAUUGCUCUCGCUCCCUGAGGUGUCUCUGGGAGCUUGACCUUGUACAU